UAUUUGCGGAAGUAUAUUCAGACACGUUUUUGUACGGAGAUAUUAGAUUCAUAAUGUUAUUAUUUCAAGAGUCCGUCUCGUUUAAGUAUAUACCCAACAGUAAAGUGCGGACAUAAUGUUUUCUGUCUCCAGUGUUUUAUAUGUUGCAGUUAUUUCGUUUUUGUAUUAUCAGUGACACAUGCACAUCAAAUAAUUCGCUCCGGUUUGUGACUCCAACGUUGUUUAGAUGACUAGCGUCCCUCCAGACCCUACAUUUGGUGGGGAAGAGGAAAGCAUUUGUCUACCAAAGCGCCCACGGAUGGAGGAGUGUGAAGUGGAAACUGGGGACACCCGGAGGACCACAGUGGACGUGUCUGUAAUCAUACCGGUGCACAACGCGUCCUGUUGGCUGGAGGAGUGUCUACAGGCGGUUUUAAACCAGGACUUCACCGGUUCUUUGGAGCUGUCUGUGUAUGAUGACGCCAGCACUGAUGCCUCCAGAGCAGUGCUUGAGAGUUGGAAGGAGAAGUUUGAAGCCAAGGCCGUUUCCAUGGUGAUCUCUGGUCAUCACUCGGCUCAACCCAGAGGAGUGGGUUAUGCCAAAAACCAGGCAAUACGUCAAAGUUCUGGACGUUACCUGUGCUUUCAGGAUGCGUAAGACAUGGCUUUAUGAGUUUGACCAGCACUCCCGGCAACUAUUUACAAUGGAGCUUUCCUGCAGACUAUUGCGUCAGCUCAAUGAAAUGAUGACGUCAUGCUGUCCCAGCGCGUCAGUCUCCAGUACGCAGCGGCCCUCCUCCAGCCCCACGCUCUGAUUGGCUGUGGAGUGCGCCGUGUUCCUGAGGGAUCCACCGAGCGCUACACACGCUGGAUCAACUCCAUCACCCCGGAGCAGCUCCUCACUCAGGUGUACACCUCUCACGGACCAACGGUGAUCAUGCCCACGUGGUUCUGCUCCAGAGACUGGUUCUGCCAAGUGGGACCCUUCGACGAGGGAGGCAAGGGGGUCCCGGAGGACCUGCUCUUCUUCUACCAGAGCCUCCGUCAGGGGGGAGGCGUGGCCAGGGUGGAGCAGUGUAUGCUGGUCUAUCGCUACCACGAGCAAGCCGCAACGCACUCUGUGCUUGAGGAAACUAUUUGGAAGUUGCGCGUGGACUUCUUACAGGAGCGGGUCCUCAGCCAAUGGGAAAGCUUCACCAUAUGGAAUGCUGGGAAGCAGGGACGGAAGCUCUACCGAAGCCUUAGCCCGGCCAAUCAGAAGAAGGUGAGGGCUUUCUGUGACGUGGAUGAGAACAAGAUCCAAAAGGGCUUCUACACUUAUCAGGACUCCAAGGAAAGGCCGAAGCCCAGGAUCCCAGUUCUGCAUUACAGAGAAGCCUCUUCGCCAUUCAUCAUAUGCGUGAAAUUGGACAUGACAGAGGGUGUGUUGGAGAAUAACCUGAAGAGUCUGCAGCUGACUGAAGGAGUGGACUAUUACCAUUUUAACUGAGAACACGGCCAACUACUGUAGCCCUGGCAGAGACCACAGUGCAGUACUGUAGCCCUGGAAGACAUAGAAGGGGGAGAAACUUGGGCAUUACUUGCCCUACACAAUCCCUUUUCAUUCUUCAGGCACAGGCACAGGCACAGAGAGAGAGAGAGAGUGCAGAGGUGGACUGGACAACCUUGAGGUGAAGGACAUCAGCAAGAUGGAGUUUUUAACAUGACGGCUGCUGGGCUGAGGUGGACUCAAGGUAACUUGUGUUGGUGGGGUCAUGGUGAACACAUAAUGCCAAGCAAGUGACCGAAAACGCUGUGUGCCAUUAUUUCACCCCAUCCAAUUUCAUGUCUUUUUUGUGAGUUUUUUUUAACAAAUGUUAAUGUCUUACACUUUUUAGCAUUUGUCUAAAAUGAAAUCUGAACGGUUUUAAUGGUUUUAUAGAACAAUAACUGAAUAUGAUGGACUGAAAGUAAUUAUCGUUGGUGACAGAGAAGCAAACCUUUACCAAACAUUGGGAGCGAUGGUUGCAAAUUACACUUCCCAUGGUCACCAAGAGGCCAGGACCAUUGAGAAAAUAACAUUCCCACGUCGUUUUGGGUUGAUGCUGGGUGAUUUCCCAUCGUUUGUUAAACCUCGGUGUUGUGCUGACUCAUAAAUAUAAAAACACUGAGGUUCAAAGGGGAGGCCUUUUACUUGAUCAGUCAGGAGUUUGCACGGCUGCCCUUUACAAUACUAACCGUCAAAUAAAUACAAUUUUGUUGGAUUUCCUUAUUGUCCCCUGAAAUCCCUUUUGAAUUUGCAGUUUACCUGUAAUAAAUAAAUGUGAGACGAACUGUA